UCUGCAGGCUGCAGGGAGCCGAGUCCCCACGUCGGAGGAGGCAGGGGUCUGUCUCACAUGCACAAGAGUGGCCGUUAUGGAGCACGGCAGCAGUGUGCAGGGUCAAAGACAGCCAGACCCCCAUGUCAGUGGUCUAGGAUGGCCAGUGAAGGCACCAACAUCCCAAGUCCUGUGGUACGCCAGAUUGACAAGCAGUUUCUGAUCUGCAGUAUAUGCCUGGAACGGUACAAGAAUCCCAAGGUUCUCCCCUGUCUGCACACUUUCUGUGAAAGGUGCCUGCAGAACUAUAUUCCUGCUCACAGUUUGACCCUGUCCUGCCCUGUGUGCCGUCAGACCUCCAUCCUGCCCGAGAAAGGGGUGGCUGCGCUUCAGAACAACUUCUUCAUCACAAACCUAAUGGACGUGCUGCAGCGAACGCCAGGCAGCAAUGUUGAGGAGUCUUCCAUCCUGGAGACGGUCACCGCCGUGGCUGCUGGAAAGCCUCUCUCCUGCCCAAACCACGAUGGGAAUGUGAUGGAAUUUUACUGCCAGUCUUGCGAGACCGCCAUGUGUCGUGAGUGCACUGAGGGGGAGCACGCAGAACACCCUACAGUUCCACUCAAGGAUGUGGUGGAGCAGCACAAGGCCUCACUCCAGGUCCAGCUGGAUGCUGUCAACAAAAGGCUCCCAGAAAUAGAUUCAGCCCUUCAGUUCAUCUCGGAAAUCAUUCAUCAGCUAACCAACCAAAAGGCCAGCAUUGUGGACGACAUCCAUUCCACUUUUGAUGAGCUCCAGAAGACACUGAAUGUGCGGAAGAGUGUGCUGCUUAUGGAACUGGAAGUCAACUAUGGCCUCAAACACAAAGUCCUUCAGUCGCAGCUGGACACCCUGCUCGAGGGGCAGGAGAGCAUUAAGAGCUGCAGCAACUUCACGGCGCAGGCCCUGAACCAUGGCACGGAGACCGAGGUGCUGCUCGUCAAGAAGCAGAUGAGCGAGAAGCUGAACGAGCUCGCCGACCAGGACUUCCCGCUGCACCCCCGGGAGAACGACCAGCUGGACUUCAUCGUGGAGACUGAGGGCCUGAAGAAGUCCAUCCACAACCUCGGCACCAUUUUAACCACCAACGCCGUGGCCUCCGAGACGGUGGCCACGGGCGAGGGGCUGCGGCAGACCAUCAUCGGGCAGCCCAUGUCCGUCACCAUAACAACCAAGGACAAAGAUGGGGAGCUGUGCAAGACCGGGAACGCCUACCUCACGGCGGAGCUGAGCACCCCCGACGGCAGCGUGGCCGACGGCGAGAUCCUGGACAACAAGAACGGCACCUAUGAGUUUUUGUACACAGUCCAGAAGGAAGGGGACUUCACGCUCUCGCUGAGGCUCUAUGACCAGCACAUCCGCGGCAGCCCCUUUAAACUGAAGGUGAUCCGCUCGGCAGACGUGUCCCCCACCACCGAGGGUGUCAAGAGGCGCGUCAAGUCCCCCGGGAGCGGCCAUGUGAAGCAGAAGGCUGUCAAGAGGCCUGCCAGCAUGUACAGCACCGGGAAACGAAAAGAGAACCCCAUCGAGGACGAUCUGAUCUUUCGAGUGGGUACCAAAGGAAGAAAUAAAGGAGAGUUUACAAAUCUUCAGGGGGUAGCUGCAUCUACAACUGGAAAGAUCUUAAUUGCAGACAGUAACAACCAAUGUGUACAGAUAUUUUCCAAUGAUGGCCAGUUCAAAAGCCGCUUUGGCAUACGAGGGCGCUCUCCUGGACAGCUGCAGCGGCCCACAGGAGUAGCUGUGCAUCCCAGUGGGGACAUAAUCAUUGCAGAUUAUGACAAUAAAUGGGUUAGCAUUUUCUCUUCAGAUGGGAAGUUUAAGACAAAAAUUGGAUCAGGAAAACUGAUGGGGCCCAAAGGAGUUUCCGUGGACCGCAAUGGGCACAUCAUUGUGGUAGACAACAAGGCAUGCUGUGUGUUCAUCUUCCAGCCAAACGGAAAAAUAGUCACCAGGUUUGGUAGCCGAGGAAACGGGGACAGGCAGUUUGCAGGUCCCCAUUUUGCAGCUGUAAAUAGCAAUAAUGAAAUCAUUGUUACAGAUUUCCAUAACCAUUCUGUCAAGGUAUUUAAUCAAGAGGGAGAGUUCAUGUUAAAAUUUGGCUCAAAUGGAGAAGGAAAUGGGCAGUUUAAUGCUCCAACCGGCGUAGCGGUGGAUUCCAAUGGAAACAUCAUUGUAGCCGACUGGGGAAACAGCAGAAUCCAGGUUUUUGAUGGCAGUGGAUCGUUCUUGUCCUAUAUUAACACAUCUGCUGACCCACUCUACGGCCCCCAGGGCCUGGCCCUAACUUCAGAUGGUCACGUUGUGGUUGCAGACUCUGGGAAUCACUGUUUCAAGGUCUAUAGAUACUUACAGUAACAGUGGGCGGCUAGAUACCCUUUACAGAGGUCUUGCACUAUAAAGUGGAAUGGAUUUCUCAACGCGGGACCAGAUUAUGACUAGAUUUUUUUUGCGCUUGAAGGAAUCACUGAUGAACUUUCUGAGGUUAUUUCUGAAUGUAACAAUUUCCUUAAGACUGCGUAUCUGAUUUCUGCAAUUCACCUUUAGGGUUACAAAACAACUCUUCUAUUGAACCUAUGAAAACUGCAAAGUUUUACACCUGUGAACUAUGGCUUAGAGAACAGGGAUUUAUGUAGUUAAACUAAUUUUGCAAAUCAAACAAACAUUUUAAAAACUUAGAAUAUUUAAAGAUAUUUGUUAGUCCUGUGAAUGGUUGCUUUUGCUGAGAGCUUCCAAAAACACAACAAAAUAAAAUCAGUUGUCGUUAUAUACUUUAUUUAACCUAGGCCACAAGCCCUGGGGGAUCUUCUAACCUCACUUUUGCAGUAGGUAUUACUCUUGUGACAUUUUUUCUGGUCAUCAGUAACUCUAUAUAAGUUACUUUAGGAAAAAUAGGGCUGUCUUGCAAAAUCCUCCCAGUUCUGAUUGGCAGGCCUUGAGUUUAGCACUGAAGAAUCAAUGCAAAUUUCCCAGCUUUGCUGGGUUAGAUCAAAGAACCUUUCUGUGCAUUCUUUUCACCUUUUGUGCUCACCCUGCAUAAAAAAAAGCCAAGGGGUUUUGAUUUCUAGGGAGAUCAGAAAUUCCUAAUGUUUUGAAAAGCAUAUUAUUAAUACUAGUCAUGCUACCUUUUGGUAAACAGACAGCCCCGUGAGCUUCAGAUUCAUGUACUGGCAUGUAACCAAGGAAAGGGUAAGUCAUCUUGUCUGUGCCAUGUUCUCUCCUGUGUCUCUCCUUUUCCACUUCAUGAAAGCGAAAGCUUUACCUCCUGCAAAAUGUCAGCACAUGUAGUAGGACACCAGUAUCCUAGGACAGAGAGCCAUAAGUAGCCCUUUGGAGGACGAAUGGUGUCAACCAAAGGCAUGUGAUUGAUCAAUGGUUUCCCCUUAGAAAGCAAGUGUUACCAAAGUUGUGUUAUUUCAAAAGCAUUACAGGUAAGGGCAUGUUACAGUUAUUUAUCAUUGUCUAAUGAAUAGUAGAGGUGUUAAGGGACUAUGUAUACAUGAUUAGGGUAAGGUAGAAUGUAUAAUAUAUAAAUAUAUAGCUGACUCUUUGGUGUAUUGAAAUAGGCAGCACUCUAAAAGACAGACAGGCAUCGUCCAGCCAUUCUUCAGCACAUUCCUUGACUGCACAUCUUCAAGCCGUCCGAGAGGAGCAAGCCCUAAAGCAGAUUCAUUUCUGCCGUUUUCCAGGAAUGAUGGUGGUGGACCUUUAGUCAGGAAAUGGCCUUCUGUGCGCUUAAGAGAAAAAAA